AUGAACUUUAUCUUCAAGUCCAAGUCGCGCACGCCGCAGGAGCUCGUCCGCCACCUGCGCGACACCAUCCUGCGUCUCGACGCCGCUUCCGGAUCCACACCGCUCGGCGGAAGCAACUCGUCCAACUCGCUCCACUCGCACUACGCCGGUGCCAACGGCGCAUCCGGCUCGUCGGUCUCGGCCGCCUCCUCUUCCUCCAUCACCUCGUCCGGCUCGUCCGGCUCCAACUCGAGCGAGGCGAGACGCAAGGCGGUCGACGAGGUGUCCAAGACGCUAUGUCAGAUCAAGGCGGUGCUCUUCGGCGAGGGCGAUGCCGAGCCCCAGCCCGACCAAGUCGCGCAGCUGGCGCAGGAGGUCUACUCGCACGACGUGCUCCAGCUGCUCGUCGCGCACAUCGCCAAGUUUGAGUUCGAGGCCAAGAAGGACGUCAGCCAGAUCUUCAACGUGCUGCUACGCAGGCAGAUCGGCUCGCGCAGUCCCACCGUCGAGUACCUCGCCACACGACCGGACGUCAUCUUUUCGGCGCUGCGCGGAUACGAGAAUGCCGAGGUGGCGCUCAACACGGGCAUGAUCCUGCGCGAGAUGCUGCGCCACGAGCCGCUCGCCAAGAUCCUGCUGUACAGCGACCGCUUCUACACCUUCCCGGACUACGUCGAGACGACGACGUUUGGCAUCUCGUGCGAUGCCUUUAGCAACUUCAAGGAGACACUCACGCGCCACAAGGCCAUGGUGGCUGCCUACCUCGAGGCCAACUACGACCGCUUCUUUGCGACGUAUACGACGCUGCUGCAGUCGCCCAACUACGUCACCAAGCGACAGUCGCUCAAGCUGCUCGGCGAGAUCCUGCUGGACCGCACCAACUUUGCCGUCAUGACGCGCUACAUUGCGAGCGAGGACAACCUCAAGAUGAUGAUGAAUCUGCUGCGCGACCGCAGCAAGAACAUCCAGUUUGAGGCCUUCCACGUAUUCAAGGUGUUUGUCGCCAAUCCCAAGAAGCCGCCGCAGAUCGAAAACAUCCUGCGGCGAAACCGCGAGCGUCUGGUCAAGUUCCUCGCCGACUUCCACAACGACAAGGACGACGAGCAGUUUGUCGACGAAAAGCAGUACGUCCUCCAGAUCAUCGAGGCCACGGGCAAGACCGCACAGCCUGCCCAGCAGCAAGGCGCCGCAAUAGGCGCAAAGUAG